CGUCGUUGUUGCGAGGUUGCAUCGAAUGUCCCGAUCGAUAAACUGUUAGCCGUAAACGACCGAAUGCUCACGAUCUUGCCCGAUGUGCGGCGGUAGUUCUCGUCGAAGAAACAGACGAAAGCCGCUGCUUUCUUGUGGUUCCAACUUGAACGCUUUAAUAAACGUAUUACGCGUCCAACGGGCGCGGCUUGGCGUUUCAAACUGGGGUUUUUCGAAAUAAAAUCAUGUCGUCUCUCGACUAUUUGGAUUUGUGCCGAUUGUGUCUGGUUAAGGACCGAGUUUCUGUGCCGAUUUUUGAAGGAGAAGGAGAUGUUCGACAAAUAUUUCUCAAGAUAGCUUCGUGUCUACCGGUCAAGGUGACCAGGGAAGAUAAAUUGCCAAAAAAGAUUUGUGAUGAUUGCGUGUAUAAAGUUGAACUUUUUUAUCAGUUUUGGAACACUACAGCCAAUGCUGAAAAACAGUUAUUACAAUGGAUUGGAGAAGUGGAUAUGGAUGAAAAGUCAGAUUACGUCACAGAAGUUCUUAAUUCGGAACAGACAGAAAACAGAUUGGAGAUGAUGCAGUCUGCAGAAGAACAAUCAAAUAAUAUAGAAAUAAAUAUGAUGGAUGGAAUGGGUUUAGGUUUACCAAUUAUUAUGUCUACAAAUGAACAAAUGUCAUCAAAUCCCAUUACUUCAAGUGCAAAUGUUCAAAGUGUUCAGUCAGUUGGUUCAACUACUCAAGCCCACUCUCAGUUGGUACAGAAAGAUGGUACUCAUGAAGAGGAAGAAAACACUGAAGACGAGUGCGAUGUUGAUGAUGGAAUGCAUGUUAAAGAUGAAAACGAUAGCUCCGUUAAUGACAGCAGAUCAAUGGAAACAUCCUAUGUAAGCGUACCGCUAGAUUGUGAUGAAGCAGGUCCUUCAGGACUUCAACAGCAGAAACUUAGUGAUAUGACAGAUAUGGAAAUGGCUCAACAAUCAUCAGAAGGCGAUAUUAAAGUCGGAUAUUUUGUUUCAAAACUCGCGAUGCUGUCGCAGGGCCCGUGCAACGUGGGUGAAAUGAAGGUUUUACUUGAUGGCACGACAGAAUUGGUGAUAACAGAACAAGCACUAGAUAUGGCCCAGGCAAUUGUUACAUGUGCUCUAUGUGGAGACGGAUUCGUCAGCGAGGAAGAUCUUGCAGCACACUUGAAAACUCAUGAUCAUAUUCGGCCACGUGCUCAGUCCGAGUUGCAGCAACAACAACAGCAGCAACCACCAGCAAUUGAAGAAAUAAAGAAAGAUGAAGUUGAUGAAGAAGAGGAGGAAGACGACGAUAUAGUAGCAGAAAGCGAAGAGAUAAUGGUAGAGACAGCUGAAAUGGAUGAUGAGAAGGUAAUUUAUGUUUGUGAACACUGUGGACGAAAUUUCUCAACUACUGCACUCUUAAGAAAACAUCAACAACAGGUUCAUAAUAUUUCUGACAAGUUGUAUACCUGUGAGCUGUGUGGAUACUCAUCUCCUCAUCGACAGAAUCUUGUCAGUCAUCAGAGACGUCACAAUCUUGAAUAUAAAUAUCAUUGUGAAGUGUGUGGUGCUGGAUUCUACGCACGAAAUAUUUAUCAGGAACAUCAGCUGGUUCAUUCAAGAGAGAAACCUUUCCAAUGUGAAGUAUGUAAUGCUACGUUCCGUUAUCGUCAAGGGCUCAGACUACAUGCGAAGCUUCAUCAACCAGAUUACAUACCACCUCAAAAGAAGCAUCUCUGUGAGUUGUGCAACAAGCGAUUCUCACGCAAACAGGUGUUACUUGUUCAUAUGCGUACACAUGGUAAUGGUGGUCCACAAAAUGAGUAUGUUUGUCACAUUUGUGGCAAAGCUGUUUCUAGUAAGACCUACUUGACAGUUCAUGUACGAAAGCACACAGGAGAAAAGCCCCACGUUUGUGAUCUCUGUGGAAAAGGUUUUAUUUCUCAAAAUUAUCUCAGUGUUCAUAGACGUACACAUACUGGGGAGCGUCCACACAAAUGUACACACUGUGAAAAGAGGUUUACACAACGAACAACUUUAGUCGUUCAUCUUCGUGGCCACACUGGUGAUCGUCCAUAUCCGUGCACGUUUUGUAACAAAUCAUUUGCAUCAAAGACUAUGCUCAACAGCCAUUUGAAGACUCAUGCUAAGCAAAGCGCCAGGGCACAGAUGGAACAACAAGAUGUAGCAAUUAUUCCAGAACAUAUUGAUGAAGAACAUUUACAGAAUGAACAAUAUGAACAAUAUGAGGAUUAUUCUGCCCAAGAGCAUGUGCAGGUAGAAGAGCUACAGCAAGAUGAUUUAAGUCAAGAAGAGUUGUAUGAUCGAUCUCGAAUUCGAAUUAUAGAUAAUGUUUCAGUUUUAUUGCCUGGUUAAAACAAAAUAUGAUUUAAAUUAAUAGUUUUAUAUUAAAUGUCAGUAGCCAAUAUUUUUCACUUGGGAGAAUUCAAUGAGUCAAAAUCAUUAUUUUAUUAUUAUUGUAUGUAAAUAUUUGUUAGUUUAUAUUAACGCACGAUAAAGUCUAAAGGACCAACAAAGCACAAAUAAUCGCAGAAGUUCAUACAUAUGUUCAGUAACUUUUGUUUCUUCCUGUAUUUAAAGAUUUUAUACGGUUUUUAUGCGCGUCUUAUUUAUUCAACUAUCAUGCGUAUCGUAUCAAUGCUGUUAAUCGCGAAUCCAUUCAACCCGUCCAUCAAUCAGUAAAUAACCACAUUUUUAUUAUUUGCAUUAUCUGACAUUCUAUUGAUUUACCAGGUUUCAGCUACCAUAGUUCAUAGCUAAGUACCCAGUAUUUUCAUCAAUUUAGGUAGCAUAAAUAAAAUCAAUAUAGAUGUAAAUAAAUUUACAUCUUGCUAAAAAAGAGUUAUUUGAAAUAUUAAGUGUAAAUACAACUAAUCAACGAGUGUAACAAUAAAUAUCUAUGUUUGAAUUGGACUUCGAUGAAGCAAAACAAAGAAUUCGUGCCUUAGUGAAAAUACUUAUAAUAAGAAAAAAUUUGAAAAUAAGAUGAAAAGUAAAUUCUCUCGACAUUGAUCAUAUUGAUCGAUCCGUGCAGCAUUUUUGUAAUUAAUUUUAUCAAUUACUCUAUUAAAUAUCAAAAAUGAGAAUAAUAAAUAAUUCUUUAAUGGUAUUUUACAUUCCUUAGAAUUUCUGUUAUUUUGUAUGGUCGGUUAUUGAAACGUAUGAGUGCAAUCGUUAAAAUAACAGAUCCAGAUGAAUCCAAUAAAAGAAGUUGCACGGAUGUAUGGUCGUUUCUAUAAAUAAUAUAAAUAUAUAUAAAAAUGAAUAAAUAAAUAUGUUUAAUAAAUGUUGACUGGUGAGUUAUUGGUGAAAGUGAUUAAUUAAUUUUAUGUAAAUAACAAUAUGAAAAAAUUUAUGGUAAUGAAGGAUUAUUUUAUUUUUUAAAAGCAAUUGUUGCCUUUAUUAUUAUAAAUAUAAAUAAUAUGAUCUUAUAUCGAAUUUUAUUCAAUAAAGGAAGGGAAAAUUUUUAAAACAUCAAUAUUGAUGAGUAGCCUAAAUGAGAUUAUUUUUGUUAUCUUAACAUUGUGAUUAAUUUUUUCCACCGUCAACAACUAUUUUAAAUUUAUUUUGAAAGAAAUUGACUUUCGAAGGUGUCUAUUUUUCUCCAAUGAUUAUUUCGUAU